AUGCCUAUGACAGCUCCCAGCGUCACCACUCCUGCCAGCACCAUCACCACCACUCAUCACCACUCCUCACUUCCGUUCCCAGCGUCACCACUCCUGCCACCACCAUCACCACCACCACAUCACCACUCCUCACUUGACAUCACCACCUCACUCCGUUCCCAGCGUCACCACUCCGCCAGCACCAUCACCACACCACAUCACCACUCACUCCUCACUUCCAUUCCCCAGCGUCACCACUCCUGCCAGUACCAUCACCACCACCACAUCACCACUCCUCACUUGACACCAUUCCUCACUUCCAUUCCCAGCGUCACCACUCCCGCCAGCACCAUCACCACCACCACAUCACCACUCCUCACUUCACCAUUCCUCAGCCGUCACCACUCCUGCCAGCACCAUCACCACCACCACAUCACCACUCCUCACUUCCGUUCCCAGCGUCACCACUCCUGCCAGCACCACAUCACCACCACCACAUCACCACUACUCCACCAUUCCUCAGCGUCACCACUCCUGCCAGCACCACACCACCACCACUCACCACUCCUCACUUCCGUUCCCAGCGUCACCACUCCCGCCAGCACCAUCACCACCACCCACCCAUUCACCACUCCUCCACUUCCGUUCCCAGCGUCACCACUCCCGCUCACCACCACCACAUCCACCACUCCUCACUUCCGUCCAGCGUCACCACUCCCCAGCCACCAUCACCACCACCACAUCACCACUCCUCACAUCUUCCACAUUCCCAGCGUCACCACUCCUGCCAGCACCAUCACCACCACCACUCAUCACACUCCUCACUUCAUCACCACUCCUCUUCCGUUCCCAGCUCCACCACUCCUGCCAGCACAUCACCACCCACCACAUCACCACUCCUCACUUCCGUUUCCCAGCGUCACCACUCCUGCCAGCACCAUCACCACCAUCAAUCCACCAAUCACCACUCCUCACUUCCGUUCCCAGCGUCACCACUCCUGCCAGCACCAUCACCCACCACAUCACCACUCCUCACUUCACCAUCCUCACUUCCAGGCGUCACCACUCCUGCCAGCACCAUCACCACCACCACAUCACCACUCCUCACUUCCGUUCCCAGCGUCACCACUCCUGCCAGCACCAUCACCACCACCACAUCACCACUCCUCACCCAUUCCUCACUUCCCGCCCAGCGUCACCACUCUGCCACCACCACUCAUCACCACAUCACACUCCUCACUUCCGUUCCCAGCGGCGUCACCACUUCCUGCCAGCACCACCACCCAUCACCACAUCCGCCGUCACCACUCCCGCCAGCACCACACCACCACCACCACUCCUCCACCACUCCUCACUCCCGUUCCCAGCGUCACCACUCCCGCCAGCACCAUCACCACCACCACAUCACCAACUCCUCACCAGCACCAUCUCACCACUCCUCACUCCCGUUCCCAGCGUCACACUCAUGCCAGCACCAUCACCACCACCACAUCACCACUCCUCACUUCCGUUCCCAGCGUAAGUGUGAUUGAUGUCUUGAUGUCAGAGUUCUAG